GUUUUUUUUUUUUAUUACUACUCUGUCUGCUCAUGACCAAAGAUUAUCCUGAUUCCAAGUUGAACUCUGACCAACAAGACAAUGGGUCAUCCCUUAAUGAAGCCAUGUCUUUGGACCAAGUUAUUGACCAAGCUUUAAUGGAAGCUCAAGAAGCCCUUGCAGAUCCUUAUCGUCUUCAACAUUCCAUUUCUCGAGUUGCCGUGAUUGGUGCUGGUCCUGCUGGGUUAGCAACAGCCAAGUCUCUUUUGGAACAAGGAUUUGAUGUCCAUGUUGUGGAACGCAAUACAAGAGUAGGCGGAAAUUGGGCAUAUUCAGCUGUACCUCAUACUGAUUUUAAGAUUCCUGCUACAAAUGAUGAUUUGAAUUGGCUUAAAUCUAUUGAGAAGACACCUUCUUUUGUUCAUUCAACUCAGCCUGUGAAAUGUACCGAAGACGUUAAACAAUGGUUAUUGAAUCAUCACCAACCUGCUACGGCGUGCUAUGAAGAUCUUUACAAUAAUACGGCCACACCUGUUCUUGGAUCAUUCGAUUUCCCUUGGCCAAAGGAUACUCCUUAUUUUGUACCUCAUCAUACAGUGCAAAAAUACUAUCAAGAUUACUCUACUCAUUUUGGAUUGGACAAGGUCAUUCGAUUCAACAUAUCUUUGGAUCAUAUGGUGAAAAAGGGAAACGAAUGGGAAUUGUCUUUCACGGAAACAACAAAACUGGAUGAUGGCGAAAACCUCUCUAUUAAAAGAUAUCAAGAUACUUUUGAUGCCGUGGUACUUGCUACUGGUCAAUUCCAAAUUCCUUCGGUACCUGCUUAUGAUGGAUUACAAGAAUACCAUACUCAGUUUCCUGGCAAGAUCAUUCAUUCUAAACAGUUUAGAAAGACAAGCGAUUUUAAAAACAAAAAAGUUUUGGUAAUUGGAGGUCGGGUUUCAGCCGUUGAUGUCUCUCGCUUAGUAUCCAUAGAAGCAAGCCAAGUCUACAUAUCUUAUAAUGGUCCAUUCAUCACCAACAUUCCUAUUUUGAAUUUGGUACGCUCUAUGAUUCCUGACAACGUGGUUCAUAAACCUCUGAUUGAAAGUUUUUGGUCCAAGGAUCCUGAUACUGGCAAGAAAAUAUUGGAUGGGAAAAUUACUUUUACGGAUGGAUCGACCUUGGAUGAUAUCGAUAUUGUUAUAUUCGCGACCGGGUAUAAAGUGAACCAUCCCUAUUUAGGUUCGUUGCGUACCCUGACAGAAGAUGACGCCAAUGAUUCCGACCUUCCUCUUGUUGUGAUGAGUAACAAAGGGGUACAAAAUACUUACAAGGAUAUCUUUUUGAUCACUGAUCCUACAUUGGCAUUUGCUGGAGCACCUCGACAUAUUAUUACCACACCAUUUUUUGAUUAUCAAGCCAAAGCCAUUACACGUGUAUGGAGUGAACAAGCGUACCUACCAUCUCAAGUCAAAAUGAAGCAAUUUGCCCGUGAUCGAAAACCAGUGUGCAAUCCUUUGCAAAUGGAUUAUGUUUCUGAACAAUUACGACCUCAAUUUUUACUUCCUUGGCUCAAUCUUCAUGCUGAAACUCUUGCGCCUGAUCUUCCUCGUCUUCAAGGUCCAUCCGAAUCGUUACAAUCCGUCUGGAAAACUGCUUUGGAAUUCUGGCCCAAGUUUGUUGCUGAACAACAAGAAAAAUGGGCUUUGGAACGUAAUGGUGCUUAGUGAAUAGUUAGUGAUAGUCUUUUUUUUUUCUGUUAAACAUAUAUUAUUUGAAUAGGUUUUAUACAUCGAUUUGAAAUAAAGACUCUGUCCUUCUCCUUUUUUUUUUU